CCUUCUUCCCUCCUUUUCUCCUUAUUGUCUGCAUCACCUUCCUUUCACACGCCAUCUUUGCUUGUCCUCCCCCGUCACCUACUUCACCCUUACACCUCCCCCACCGUCCCUUCGUCGUAGAGACCGAACAGCGAUACCGAAAUUUUCUAACACGAUUCACCUGUCACCACACCUUUGAUAAUCCGUCAAGUACCUUCGAAGCAGACCACCAAACAGCGAGUUGAGUUGACCUUUCGGCCGUGGUCGUCGUUAUGGGGCUGGGUAAACUAUCGGUGCGCAUCAAUGGCGCCGAGUGCGGCGUGGAAGCUAUCCUGCUUGGUGUCGUCACCAGCAUAGGAGGCUUCCUCUUCGGCUACGAUACCGGUCAGAUUUCCGGCAUGCUCCUCUUCACCGACUUCCGCCGCCGCUUCGCCACCGAAACCGACAGCGAUGGCAACGCCGACUGGAACCCUUUGCUCCAGUCCCUCCUCGUCUCCCUCAUGAGCAUCGGUACCCUCCUGGGUGCCUUGUCCGGCGCGUAUACCGCCGACUGGUGGGGACGCCGAAAGUCACUGUCGUUUGGUGUCGCCAUCUUCAUCAUCGGCAACAUCGUCCAGAUCACCGCCAUGAACACCUGGGUCCACAUGAUGAUGGGCCGCUUCGUCGCCGGUCUCGGUGUCGGUAACCUCUCCGUCGGUGUGCCCAUGUUCCAGUCCGAGUGCGCCCCGCGCGAGAUCCGCGGCGCCGUUGUCGCCUCGUACCAGCUCGCCAUCACAUUCGGUAUCCUCAUUUCCAACAUCAUCAACUUUGGUGUCCGCAACAUCCAGGAUUCCGACGCCUCGUGGCGCAUCGUCAUCGGUCUGGGACUCGCCUUCUCCCUGCCCCUCGGUAUCGGCGUCCUUGCCGUCCCCGAGUCGCCUCGUUGGUUGGCCGCCCGCCACGAUUGGGACGGCGCCCGCUUGUCCCUGGCCCGCCUCCGCGGUCUGAAACAUGAUCCCCAGCAUCAGCUCGUCGAGAUGGACGUCAGGGAAAUGUACAAGGUCCUCGAGGAGGAAUCCCGUGUUGGCGUCGGCUCCUGGGCCGAGUGUUUUACGGGCAGGCCUUCCGGCAUCCCUAAGCUCGUCUACCGCACCUUCCUCGGCGCCGGCAUCCACUUCCUCCAGCAGUGGACUGGCGUUAAUUACUUCUUCUACUACGGCGCUACCAUCUUCGAGUCCGCCGGUGUGGACGAUCCCAUCCUGACCCAGCUCAUCCUCGGCGCUGUCAACGUCGUCAUGACCUUCUACGGCCUUUAUAUCGUCGAAAAGUACGGUCGACGCUGGCCGCUCUUCCUCGGUGCCUUGUGGCAGGCCGUCUGGCUUUGCAUCUUCGCUUCCGUCGGUGUGGCCCUGCCCCCUGAGGACAACCCCACCACCGGUAUCGUCAUGAUUGUCGCCGCUUGCAUGUUCAUCGCCUCGUUUGCCGGAACCUGGGGUCCCAUGGCCUGGGUCGUCAUCGGCGAGACCUUCCCCGUCCGGACCCGCGCCAAGCAAGCCUCCUUCGCCACCGCCUGCAACUGGCUCGGCAACUUCCUCAUCUCCUUCCUCUCCCCCAUCGCCGACGACGGCAUCGGCUACGCCUAUGGCUACGUCUUCGUCGCCUGCAACCUGGUCGGCGCCGCCGUCAUCUGGUUCUUCUUCUACGAGUCCCGUGCCCUUUCCCUCGAGAACGUCGACCGCAUGUACGGCCAGCCCCACGUCAAGCCCUGGACCUCCAACAAGUGGGUGCCCCCCGGCUACAUCACCCGCGAGAAGCGCGACCCGAACGCCUACGACGACGAUGCCGGCGUUAACGACGCUGCGGCUGCGGGUGCGAGGGCUGAGAUUAGGGAGAAGCGGGGGGAACGGAGUAACAGCGAGGAACCCAUCGCUUCGCAUGUUAAUGGCAGUGGUUCGUCGCCGAGUCCGUCGGACGUGGAGGCCGGUAAGGCUAAGGCCCAGUAAUUUCUCUUUAAAAUCAGGACGGGGGAGGGGGGUUUUGUAUUGCUUGCCUGCCGUUUAGAGAAAAAGGAUUCAAAUUGACUUUUAACGAUAUUUCUUGUCACAUUAUAUGUAUACUACUAUGUAUUAGAUAUUUUGGGAAUGGCCGGAGCUCCUUUGUGCUUUAUUUAGUGUAUACCAGAAAUUGCUACUCAGGUCAGCAUCAAUCUCCCAUACGAGUCGCUGCUCGCGAAACGUCCCAUAAUCCACCCACGCGAGCAAGGUUUGACGGGGACA